AUGCUCUUCCACAAAUCACUCCUCUUCGUCGCUGCGUUCUUGCAGCUCGCUCUGGCCUUCGAAUACGUGCGAAUCGACAAGAACAAUGCGGCGCUGGUCAUUAUCGACCACCAAGUUGGGCUGAUGCAAAUGGUGCGGGAUCAAACUCCAGAAGAGUUCCGCAACAACGUCUUUGCCCAUGCUGCCCUGGGAGCUCUGUACAAUCUGCCGACAGUCAUCACAUCGAGCGCUGAAUCUGGCCCGAACGGUCCUAUUCCUCAGGAAAUCCUCGAUAUGCAUCCCAACGCUACGAUCGUCAGGCGUGGCGGAGAGGUCAACUCAUGGGACAGCGAAGAGUUCAAGGCUGCAGUCCGAGCAACGGGGAAGAAUCAAAUCAUCAUUGCUGGAAUCACCACUGAUGUCUGCACCACGUUCGCCGCCCUCUCCCUCACCCAAGAGGGAUACACCGUCUUUGCCAACUCUGAUGCCUCUGGAACGAUGAGCAAGAGGAUUGCCGAUGAGGCGAACGCGCGUAUGCGACAUGCUGGAGUACAGGUCCUCUCGAUGUUCGCGAUUUCGGCGGAGUUGAUGAGAGACUGGAGGGCCACGCCUGGAGCGCCUGAGAUGAUUCCAUUCUACGACAGAUACCUUCCCGCUUAUGCCUGGAUUGCUCGUGCGCAUGCUGCCGCGAUUGAAGCGAACUAA